AUGUCCACGGUCGUUUUGAUUAGCGGUGCUAAUCGGGGUUUGGGCAAAGGCCUCCUUGAGCGCUAUCUGAGGCUCGCGAAUCAUACCAUUAUCGCCGCCAACCGUAACCCAGAUCAUCCAACCUCCAAGGACCUUUUCAAUCUCCCUAAAGCCGAGGGUACCGAACUGAUCGUUGUCAAACUCGAUGCUCGCGUAUGGCAGGAUGCCUUUGACGCUAUCAAAUCGCUUGGAAGUCAGGGCAUCGACCAUAUAGAUAUUGUCGUCGCUAAUGCUGGUGUGGCAUAUGUCUGGCCAACAGUCGCUGAGGUCAAGCUUGAAGACAUUAUCGGCCACUUCGAACCUAAUACAUACGGCGUUGUGGCGCUGUACCAGGCCGUACGGCCGCUGCUCCAGAAGUCAAAGCGAGAGCCCAUUUAUUCAAUCAUGGGCACGACGGCUGGUAGUCUCAACUCCCAACCCAAGCUUCAAAACUCUUGUUACGGUCCGUCCAAAGCGGCCGUGGCAUGGUACAGUAUUCGUAUUAACGAGGAGGAUAGCUGGUUACACUCCUUCUCUCUAGUACCCGGCUUUGUACAUACCGACAUGGGCGAUAUUGGGGCCGCAGCCCUUGGUAUCGACAAGGCGACCCAGGAUCAAAUAAUGAUCGGCCUUGAUGAGUCGUGUGACGGUAUGAUGGAGGUGCUUACCGAAACAACAAAGGAGAAGCACGGCGGAAAGUUGGUUAUGUACAAUGGAGAGACCAUCGAUUGGUAG